AAAUGGUCAACCAAAUGUAGACUAUUGUGCUUGUUAUUUGCAUCAGAGGUUUGUAAGCUACGCAGCACAACACUCGCCGGAGAAGAAAGUGACCCUAAAGACACCCAUUUCCACCGCGUCUCAAAGAUGAUUGAUGAUAAUGAUCUGGGUUUCUUUGCCAAUUUUCUCGGCGUCUUCAUCUUUGUGCUGGUGAUAGCAUACCACUAUGUCGUGGCUGACCCAAAGUUUGAAGGGAACUAGGAAAGUUUUUAAAGUUAAAGAUGUAAUCUUUUAUGCUGUAGACUGAGAUGCUUUACAAAUGGAAAUCAAUGUGAUACAAUUAAAACUUCAGUUUGGGAAUAUUAAUGUUAGUUUGGUACUAAAACCUUUAUAAACAUACAAGGAGAACAUCAUUUUUAUUUAUGUUAAACGUUUGUGUGCUUGCAUUAGAUAUGCUUUGUGGUCAAAGAACUUUCAUAGAUAAGCUAAUGAAAAUGUCGGAUUAAGGUUAGGCGAUUUUGCUA